AUGGCCACGGCUGCUGAUAAAUACAUCGCUCUAGAGGUCAUUGGGAAGGGCUCCUUUGGGACGGUUCGUAAAGUACGCCUGAAGGAAACCGACGAAAUCCUCGUUAGAAAAGAAAUAGAAUACACCUCCAUGAGCAUCCAAGAAAGGAACCAUAUCAUUUCUGAGCUUCGGAUUCUUCGUGAGCUCAACCACCCUAAUGUUGUAAAAUACUAUCAUCAUGAUCAUUUGCCGGAAGAGAAAGUUAUUCAUAUUUACCAGGAGUACUGUGAUGGAGGAGACUUAGCGAAAGUCAUAUCAACAUUCAAAAGAAACGGCGAAAAUGUGCCUGAGGGCUUCAUAUGGGAGGUAAUGAUCCUGACUCUCCUUGCUUUACAUCGCUGUCACUACGGAAUCGACGCUAAGAAGGUAGACCUUUUUCGAGGCUCAGACAAUUCUGCAGAACCUCAGGUAGACUCUGAAACUGUCAUUAUACAUCGCGAUAUCAAGCCAGAUAAUAUCUUUAUGCUUGACUCAGGUAAAACAAUAAAGUUGGGAGACUUUGGGCUUGCCAAAAUGCUCACAUCCCAAAACGACUUUGCAAAAACUUAUGUUGGGACUCCAUACUACAUGUCACCUGAAGUGCUAAUGGACAAUCCGUAUUCCCCUGUAUGCGACAUUUGGUCUCUUGGAUGUGUACUUUAUGAGUUAUGCAACCUACAUCCCCCAUUUCGAGCCAGCACUCAUCUACAAUUACAAGCAAAGAUCAAAAAAGGCGUUAUACCCGAACUCUCUUCCAUAUAUUCUCAACAGCUUCGUAAGAUUAUCAAAGACUGUAUCACUGUUGACCCUGAUAUGCGUCCCACUUGUCAUGAUAUGCUUGAAAUUUUGGCCGUAAAAAUGUUCAGGAAGGAAAUGGAUCUAAAGGUUGCAAAUGCUACCCUAAACGAACUCCAAAAACAGCUUCUUAUUAAGCACGAAGAGCUCAAAAAGAAGGAGUCUUCACUUAAGACUCUUGAGACCAAAAUAGCAAGUGAAAAGGAGGAUUUGGAAGCCAAGUUCAGAAGUUUUGAAAGACUAGCCCAAAGCCGAAAGAAUGAAUUGCAAGAGGAUUACGCUAAGCUACAAAAGAAGUGUGACUUGCAAAAGCGACAAUUUGAAGAAGAACUCAUGAUGGAGUUUGAAUCACGCAAAAAGGCUAUGGACAUGGAAGCGAAAGAAAUGAGGCUUAAUUAUCAGCGAGAGUUUAAGCAUGUGGUGGAACAUGAAGUACAACAGCGAGUUUCUGAAAUUAUUCUGCGAAGAAAGACGCUGGAACCUGAGUAUCAACUUCAAAGAAGACAAAGUGGAUCAUCAGCGUCGUCUUUUGAGCGCCAACAAAAAGCGAAGCCAAGGGGUCCUCGUGAGCUCCAGGAGGAGUGUCCCCAACAAAAUCAAUAUUACACACUGCUUCAGAAUCCAUCAAAUGUCCCAUCAACUUCUCCAAAGCGCUCUCCUUUGAAGACCAGAAACAUUGAAUGGGAAGCAGAUAUGCAUUCAAAAUUAUCGCCUGUAAGAACGCAACACACUCCUCAGAACUACAAAAAACGCAUAACCGACGAGUUUGAGCAAUUAACGCUUCAAAAGCGUCAUGUACCUGAAUUUGAAGAACAAUAUUUGCGACAGAACUUUCGGCACUAA